AUGACUCGCAUUCAAACUGGAGGCCCCGAUGGGGACUUGGGUUCCAACGCUUUGCUGCAGACGAAGUCGAAAACCCUCGCGGUGGUUGACGGGGCCGGAGUGGUUUACGACCCCGAGGGACUGAACGCCGAAGAGCUGCGGCGAUUAGCGCGUUUGCGAUUUAAAGGAGAAAAGACUUCUUCAAUGCUUUUCGACUCUUCUCUUUUGUCUCCAAAAGGAUUCAAAGUUCCCCAAGACGCAAGAGAUAUCACGCUGCCGGACGGGACCUACGUGGCGAGCGGGAUAGAGUUUCGGAACAACUUCCACCUGUCCAAGUUCGCAGUCUGCGACCUGUUCAACCCCUGCGGGGGCCGCCCAGCCUCGGUGAACCCGCGCAACGUCGAGCAGCUCUUCGAGCAGCAAACGGGCCUCCCCAAGUUCAAGUUCAUCGUCGAAGGCGCCAACGUCUUCAUCACCGACGAGGCCCGUCGGGAGCUGGAGAACCGAGGCGUCAUUCUCUUCAAAGAUGGAAAGUCGCCCUUGCUUCUUUUGCUUUUUCGCCUUUUUUCCAUCUUUUUGGCUUUUUUGGUCUUUUUUGGUCUUUUGGGGUCUUUUUUUGGUCUUUUGGGGUUUUUUUUAGUCUUUUUGGCUUCGACGAACAAAGGCGGAGUCACCAGCAGCAGCAUGGAGGUCUUGGCCGCGCUGUCGCUGACUGAGGAAGAGUUCGACCGGCAUAUGCGGGUCAAGGAUCCAAAUAAUCCGCCAAAGUUCUACAAAGAUUACGUCGAAGCCAUUUUGCAAAGAAUUCAAGAAAACGCAAGACUUGAAUUCGAAGCCAUUUGGAAUGAAGCGGAAAGAACAGGGAUGCACAAGUGCGACUUGACGGACAUUUUGUCUCAAAAAAUAAAUCAACUAAAAACAGAUAUGGCGGGCUCCAGUGCUCUUUGGAAAGAUGAAGCACUUGUGAAUUUCGUUUUGACGAAAUCCAUUCCGGAUGUUUUGGUGCCGGGGCUCAUCAGCGUGGAGACAUUUCGCCAGAGGGUGCCCGAGACUUACCAGCGGGCGAUAUUCACCACUUUUUUGGCUUCGCGUUUUCUUUACAAACAGCCCUUCACAGCAGAGGCUUCGGCCUUUGCCUUUAUUGCUUAUCUCGACGAAAUAAGAUCGCAAAUGGCAGCAGCAGCAGCAGCAGCAGCGCCCGCAGAAGAAGCAGCAGCAAAAUGA